AUCCAAAAUACUUGCUCGAGAAUCUGAAAAAUUGUCAACUACCAAUAAGAAUCCAAAAAACAUACUUGAUCAACAAGAAACGAAAAAAUCUUUGAUGCGCGAAUAAAAAUAGAGAUUCACAACACGCAAAAGAGACGUAUAGGACGCGACUUUUCCCGAUCUCGAGGAAUCUCUUUCGAGUCAGUUGUUUCGCGAUCGAGUGCAGUGUGUUCCAAGAGUGAUUUUACUGGAAAUAAAUGUUACGGUGAUUCAUUGGAAUCUGGAACGAAGUACGAACGUCGUUCGGUGUUUGUUGAUCCCCGUGAACGAUCGGGAUUCGUUCGAACGGAGAUCGCAGACGUUUUACCAGCUGUCUCGGCGCGAAAGGGUGAAAUGAGGUCGCGGUCGGCGCGAAACGACGCGUUUGUUUUAGGGACGCUUGUCGAACACGUUCGGUAUAAAGGGAUCUUUCGAUGAACGUUCGUGAAUCUACUCUUUGCACUUGUGCACGAUUUUAUUAUUCGAGAAGUGCUCUGGCACUUUCAUUCUUAUGGAAUGGAUCUUUCUUUGGAUGGAAUAAGUCGAACCAAGCUUUCCCUAUCGAGAUGUGACGGUACGUCGAGGCGUGGAAUUCAAGGAUCAUUAUGACAUCCAAUCAGAAAUCGGACGAGGAAAAUUUGGCACCGUUUAUCGAUGCAAGGAGAAAGCGAGCGGUUUGAUGCUGGCCGCGAAAGUGGUGAACACCGCGAAAAAAGAGGAUAGACGAGCCGUCGAACGAGAAGUGGAAAUUAUGAGACGGCUACAGCAUCCCCGACUGAUUCAACUCUAUGAUGCCAUCGACACGGGCAAACAGAUAUACGUCAUUUUGGAACUGAUCGAAGGCGGUGAACUGUUCGAGAGAGUGAUAGACGAUGACUUUGUGUUGACUGAACGCAGUUGCACCGUUUUCAUGAGACAGAUCUGUGAGGGUAUCGAAUUUAUUCAUCGUCAGAAUAUUCUGCACCUUGAUUUAAAGCCGGAGAACAUACUGUGUCUGACGAAGGAAGGUAAUAGGAUUAAAAUCAUAGACUUCGGACUUGCGAGGGAGUACGAUCCAAAGAAGAAGCUGCAGGUUCUAUUUGGCACGCCGGAGUUCGUUGCACCGGAAGUCGUAAAUUUCGAUCAGAUUGGUUUCGGUACCGACAUGUGGAGUAUAGGCGUCAUCUGUUACGUACUAUUAUCCGGAUUGUCUCCGUUUAUGGGCGACACGGACAUCGAAACAAUGGCGAACGUCACGAUCGCAAAAUACGACUUCGACCACGACGCAUUCGCCGACAUUUCCGAAGACGCCAAAGACUUCAUUCGUUGUCUGCUAGUCAAAGACAAAGAAAAACGAAUGUCGGCCGCUCAGUGCAGGGAUCACCGUUGGUUGUCGAAAAAGGCGAGCAAGCAGCAGGUCGAGCAAGCGUCCAAACCACAGAUUCCGCAAAUCCACGAGAUACCCCGUGUGGAGAUGAGCUGCCCGGACGAGCUGGACGUGGCCAAGGACAAUCUGAGGCUGUUCGUAGAACGUUGGCGGGAGCAUCCGAACAGUCCGUACAUGAUCGAUACGCCCCAGUACUUGCCGCGGCUGAACUCGAUUCAGGAUCGCGAGGACUUGGUGUCGUUAAAGGGCCACAGUCCUUCGCCUUGUGCCAGUAUCUGCAGCACGCCGUCAGAAACGGCAGAGGAUUCUCCCAGAGACAGUCACAGUUCGUUCUUGACGGUGCCUGGUCUCGGUUUCGAGAGGAGGGCAUCCGAGGGUAUUUCUAUGGAGAAGUCGCGCGCUGACCCGGCUAGCCAGAUCAUCCUCGCUGAAGAAAUAAUCAAAUUGUCCGAACACCUGCGUACUAUAGCGAUGGGAACGUGCAUCAAGUCCGAGGAGGACGCUCGACCCGCGGAGAGUCGUCAGGAAAAGCCGGAGGACAAAAGCAGGAGUCGUAACGGUGUCCACACGAAGAGCAACGGUUUGGUGUCCAAGAACAGCGAGUGCAACGAAAUCACCGAGAAGCUGUCCAGCAUAAUGCAACACAGGAAGCUCAACGGUACGACCUUCCACAGUAGCCGUAGUUUCGAGAAAUACACAGAAACCAACAGCGGUAACGUGUUCUCCUUGAAAAAACAGAAACAGAACGCUGAAGAGAAGAGCUCCUCCAGGAAGGAGGAUGGAAGCGAAGAGACCGGCAGCUCCGUCAGGACCGUCGAAGAGAAAAUGGAGUCGAGGAACGUCCGAUUGUCCGGAGACGGGGAGAUGGAUCUGACACCGCCAUGGCGACGUCCCAGGGUGAAACAUCAAUUCGGAGAGACCAGCCGAGACGUUCCAAGGAUCUCUGGACUGCGAAACCUCCACAAGAGUCUGAAUCUCGACGAACCGACCAGCACUAAGGAUCUGUUGCUUCAUCUGCUGGAAGAGUGGGACGGUGUCGCUACGCGGCCUUCCGGUGUCGGCCGGAAGUCCGUGAGCGUCGACUGGUGCGGCGAGGAGUCGGUCGGCAGGAAAACCAUGAACUCUCUGGCUGAGUAUUUUCAAGCGAGACAACAGAAAUCGACGGCUUCCGGUUCGACCGCACAGAAUUCCGUGCAUCGUUGAAUGGAAUCGUUCGGUGAUUCGAGGACCGUGUCGGAUUUAGUUCGUCGAGAUGGCGAGCAUUGUGAAGUUCUCAGGGCAAUACGAGAAGCGUGAUCGACGAGGGUGCAUCCUUUGAUAUGCUCGGAACUUGUGAACAACAAUGCCGUUUCCGGUUUCGAUGAAAUUCGAGAAACUCUAAUGAACCUGCAACACGAUCAUUCGUUUCUGGCCGAUUUAACGGGAAAAUUUGACACGUAUUAAGCAUUUGGUGAAUUGUUCUCGUUUUUGGAUUCGAGGUUGUUUCUGAUGUUGUAACCUUUUUGCUUCGAUGAAAUUUUCUGACGAAUUUUAUACCACAAAAGACAUCUUUUUAGUGAAACGGAGUACAAAGGUUUAUCUGCAUGUAAUCGUAAGCUUUGAUAUUAAGAUGGUAACUAAAUUUUCAUGUAUUUUAAAUGCUAUAAUGCAAUUGAAAAGACACGUACCAUACAAACGAAAAAUCAACUCGAAUACUAUUCCCUUCAAUUUAAAAUUCAACAAUAAAUUUUGUAAAAAAAAUGCAAAGGAAUUUAGUUGCCAACUCAAUAGUCUCAUAGGCAAGAAAAGAAGCAUAUCAAACAGUUAUUGAUGUUGUUAAAUGUUCGACUGCGAUAUAUCGAAGAUUGUUUCUAUUUAUUAUGCACGACACGUGCACGCGUAUGCAAUAUAUUAUUUAUACAGGUUUAAGUUAUGCAAUAAUUAUAAGCGAGUGUAACAACGUCCAAUUUCACAUUUUAUCAGACUGUAACGUGAUCGAUCAUCGUGCUCACAUGUCUGUGCAUAUAUCCUUGUUUUAAUGUAUUAUUUAUACUAUUAUAUUUAAUACAAAAAUUCAUAAAUCUGUACCCCGAAUGUUUUCAUUUCAUGAACUCCAUUUUCACAAAUUUCGUAAUAAACAUUUUUCCCCAGUAACUACUGUGAUGUUUAUUUUAAACAAUUUAACGUGCAUGAAAUUUGUCGUUUGCAACGUGGCACGUAUAGCAUGACAAAGUCUGGAAUCUGUUUGGGGAUGGAUUAGCUGUGGUGAGCUGUCACUUGUAACGAGAAGAUUGAAAUAUGGGGAGUAAGGAUAUGUGGACUUAGUUUUGGGGGUUGGAGACA